CCCUCUCUCCCUCUCCCAAUCUCUCUCUCUCUCUCUCUCUCUCUCUCUCUCUCUCUCUCUUACAGCAAUGGCAAAAGAAUCUGUCACAGAAACACUUCUUCAGAAACAGAAGCAUAAAGAAGAAGACAUUGAAGCAAACAAGGUCACCGACGGUGACGGAGCCGUCACUUUAGUACUUCUCCUCUCCACCUUCACUGCUCUCUGCAGCACCUUCUCCUAUGGCAUUGCGGCCGGUUUUACAUCUCCGGUUCAAACCGGGAUGAUGUCCGGAUUGAACCUCUCCCUCGCCGAGUUUUCAUUCUUCGGAUCCGUACUUACUAUUGGUGGACUAAUAGGAGCAUUACUGUCCGGAAAACUCGCCGAUCUCUUUGGUCGGAGAGGUGGAUUAUUGUUUUCGAAUAUAUUAUGCUUCAUUGGUUGGAUUACUAUCGCAUUCUCCAAGGAUGUUUGGUCACUUUGCACUGGAAGACUUUUCACUGGGAUUGCAGCUGGUAUCGUUUCUUACCUGGCACCUGUAUACAUAGUGGAAAUUGCACCCACAAACAUCAGGGGAUCAUUAUGUGCGAUUAAUACGAUCAUGAUGUCUUCCGGUGCCUGCUUCUCGUUCCUCGUUGGCUCCAUUAUUUCAUGGGAAUAUUUAGCCCUCGCAAGUACGGUUCCAUGCAUCUUGGAAUUAGUUAGUCUAAUCUUCACACUUGAAUCGCCAAGAUGGCUGUCCCGAAUCGGUCGGAUUAAAGAGUCAGAAGCUACGCUUCAAAGACUUCGUGGAAAUAAAACUGAUAUCUUCAAGGAAGCCGCUGAAAUCAAAAAAUAUAUGGAGGAUGUUCAAGGAACAAAAGAAGAUGGAUUUUUCGAGUUGUUCAACCGAAGAUAUUCUCGUGUGAUCAUUGUCGGAAUCGGAUUGUUGGUUCUGCAACAACUCGGCGGCCUAAGUGGCUAUAUGUUCUACAUGAGUUACAUUUUCGAGAAAUCGGGGUUUUCAAGUAAAGUAGGAGUCAUGGCAACGAGCCUCAUUCAAUCUGUAAUGAGCGUCGUCAGUUUAUUAGUCAUCGAUAAAUAUGGGAGAAGGCCGCUUUUGAUGGUUACGACCGUCAUGAUGGGCAUGGGAUCAGCACUCACAGGACUAUCGUUUCUAUUUCAGGGAUACGAUUUAUUUAACAAUGUCAGCCCGGGUUUAGCAUUUACAGGAGUUCAGGUUUUUUUAAUGUCGAUAUCUAUUGGAAUGGGGGGAAUUCCAUGGGUUAUAAUCUCCGAGAUGACACCGAUAAAUAUAAAGGGAUCUGCGGGGACGCUUUGCAAUUUGAUAAGUUGGUCGAGCAACUGGUUCGUCUCCUACACCUUCAACUUCUUGUUCCAAUGGAGCUCUUCAGGUGUGUUUUUCAUAUAUGCAAUUAUUUCGGGUUUGGGACUUUUAUUUGUGGCGAGGAUGGUACCGGAGACCCAAGGCCGAUCUCUCGAGGAGCUUCAAGCUUCUUUGUCUCGGCAAUCCAAUCAUAAAGAGCCUAGUGGAUAAGGCAGUUGAAUUAGAUUUUAUAAAUUAUUGUAAUUAGCAGUCCAAUUUAUAGUUUCAGUCUAGCUUUGAAAAAAACAUUUGCAAUGACUUUUGAAAUAUCUAUCUCUAAGGAGAGAUCAUGCAAAAAAUAAUUCAGACAAAAAAGUUAUGUACUAGUCAUUGUGAUC